GCUUCUCAGGAGCCACUUGGAGAGCACGUGCCCCUGUGAGGCUGGCAUGCAGGAUGGCAGGACAAUCCAGCCACAUGCCCCAUGGAGGGAGCCCGAACAACCUCUGCCAUACCCCGGGGCCUGUGCACCCUUCUGACCCACAGAGGCACCUCAGCACCCUGUCAUUUCGCUGCUCACUGGCGGACUUCCAGAUCGAGAAGAAGAUAGGCCGAGGACAGUUCAGCGAGGUGUACAAGGCCACCUGCCUGCUGGACAGGAAGACGGUGGCUCUGAAGAAGGUGCAGAUCUUUGAGAUGAUGGAUGCCAAAGCAAGGCAGGACUGCGUCAAGGAGAUCGGCCUCCUUAAGCAACUGAACCAUCCGAACAUCAUCAAGUACUUGGACUCCUUUAUUGAAGACAACGAGCUGAACAUUGUGCUGGAGCUGGCCGAUGCCGGUGACCUCUCGCAGAUGAUCAAGUACUUCAAGAAGCAGAAGCGGCUCAUCCCCGAGAGAACGGUGUGGAAGUACUUCGUGCAGCUCUGCAGCGCCGUGGAGCACAUGCACUCGCGCCGGGUCAUGCACCGAGACAUCAAGCCUGCCAACGUGUUCAUCACGGCCACGGGUGUCGUGAAGCUCGGUGACCUUGGUCUGGGCCGCUUCUUCAGCUCUGAGACCACCGCAGCCCACUCUCUAGUCGGGACACCAUACUACAUGUCGCCGGAGAGGAUUCAUGAGAAUGGCUACAACUUCAAGUCCGACAUCUGGUCCCUGGGUUGUUUGCUGUACGAGAUGGCCGCUCUCCAGAGCCCCUUCUAUGGUGAUAAAAUGAAUCUCUUCUCCCUCUGCCAGAAGAUUGAGCAGUGUGACUACCCACCUCUCUCUGGAGAGCACUACUCGGAGAAGUUACGAGAACUGGUCAGUAUGUGCAUCUAUCCUGACCCGAACCAGAGACCCGACAUCGGAUACGUGCACCAGGUGGCCAAACAGAUGCAUGUCUGGACCUCAAGUACCUGAGCAUAGAUGCACCGUGCCUUAUCAGAAGCCAGCACCACUUUGCCUUACUUGAGCCUUCUCUCCGAAGUGGCCCCUGGUAGCCUAGAACAGCUAAGACAACGGGGUUCAGCCAGUUCCCCAAAAGGGGACCCAGCUUUGCAGCAGAUGCUGAAUACAGGGUGGCCGGGGGUAGGGGCGCUGGUCAUAUGUCACUGAUGGUCAAAUUCAAAGUUCUUUCUUUUACUGUUGUGGACAAUCUCAGCUGGGUUGUUAACAAGGGCAGCUGGUUCACCAAGCCACUGAAGCCCCCCUUGUAUUUGGAUUGCAAUGUGAAUCUUUAGGGUAAUUCCUCCAGUGACCUGUCACGGUUUAACCAACAGGAGACUGGUGUGUGUAGUGAGCCUUUGAAAACGGUUAGUACCAAGUUCAGUUUAGUUCUUAGUAUCUUUUCAAACAACCAAGCUCUAUGCUUAACUCAGUCUGUUGUAAAGGGAUAAAGCAGAGAUCAUUUUUAAGCAGAGUGGAGAUUCUGCUAAUUUUUUAAUGUACAUUUCGUAGUAAUGAAGGACAAUGAGGAGUGCCCAGCAUCUGGCACAGAGCUUCACAAGGCAAAUGGUACCAGAAAACCAGUUCUCCCUACAGCCUGCUCUGGCCGUCUUCUGGACGCCUGCUGUGUGCCACACACUCCGCCACCUCCUUGAAUGCUGGCGUUUCAUUUCAUGAUCAGUGUUGAGCAUGAUUCCUCCGCAGGAAGGAAGUAUGGGGUAUAAAAAACGUAAGGGCUUUGCCCUCAGGCUGUCCUUUACAAAAUUCUGGUUUUGCAACUUCUAGUGUGACUUUGGCCGAGUUUCUUAGCCAUUCUGAGCCUUAGUUUCCUCAUCUGUAAAAUGGGAUUAACAGUAUCUACCUUCAAGGCUGCUGACAAAAUUUGAACCAACAUAUGCAAAUUAGCUAGCACAAUGUAAAUAAUCCCAAAAUGGUAGCCACUCACCCCUUCAUAAAGUCAAUGGACCAUGUAAGUCAAGAAUUAAAGUAUAACUAUAUUACUUGUAGGAAACCAGAAAUGUGUUCAUUUAUUUCUUGUUCCCAAAUAGGAUUAACUGUGAAUACUAAUUUAUAAAUGUGAACCUAAGAAGACUCGAGCUCUGAAGGAAACAGUUUGAAUUUUGUUUAUACUCAAGUUAAGCUUCAAAUGGUCCAAGUUGUCGUCACUGUCUUGGUGACAGUUCAGCCCUCCAGAUGAGAGCACUGUUGUGGUCUUGGACAGGUGACACUCAUCUAGCUGCCUGUGGCAAACUUGCUGACCCAGGCUCCUAGGGAUAAAACAUCCAGGACUGGGCUGCUGCUGCAUCCAUGUGUGGACUUGGUUCUACUGUAACACUUUGGGGCUCAAGGAAUUUUCUCCAGAUGCACUCUUUCCUCUGUACUUGUUCUCCAUGUUUGAAAUAAAUCGGGGUGAGAGGAGUUACUUCUGUCAAA